CCAGAGCAGGGCAGCUCCCAUGGGGCCCCCCUAAUGGGGUCCCCAUCCCACUGCCCAGGGAGGCCGUGCCAGAUCCGGCAGCAGCGCAGAUCCCGGCAGCAGCGGGGCUGGGCCCUUCCUGCGGCAGGAACCUCCCGAGGAGCCGUUUCCUCGUCGGGCGGCAGCGGGUCCCCUCCGCCACCGUCCCGUCCCGCCCGCCGAGGGGACAGGACGAGCCCCAGCACCCCGAGCAGCAGCGGGGGACGGGCACCCACCCGCCACGGAGCCCGGCCCCGUCUCUCGUCGAGGCGGCGGCGGAAACGAGGCGAGUCGGGACCGGCCCGGCGCGGGCACGAGCGGCACCGCGGGCGCGCCCCCGCCCCAGCGCCGGCCGCAGGCGGAGGCGCGGGGAGGCCAUGGAGGCGGCGGAGCCGGCGGAGGAGGCUCUGGUGCUGGUGGAGUACGGCUUCGAGUACCGCGCCAAGGACGGCACCUUGGUCUCCAUCAAGCCCAACGAGCGCUAUGUGCUGCUCAAACGCACCAACCCGCACUGGUGGCACGUCCGCAGGAGCGGGGACUCCCGGCCCUUCUACAUCCCGGCCCAGUACGUCAAGGAACUGCCACCCAUCUCUGCCCCAGCCCCGCUUGACCCCCCGCUAUCGGGACAUGCUGCGACAGAGCCGGCCGCGCUCGUCCCCCAGCCCCCGCCAGCCUACGAGUAUCGGUUCAUCAGCGCCGCCGAGCCGGGGGAGACGGCAGGAGGGUGCCCAGUGCCCAGGAAAGACUCGGUGCUCAGGAGGGACUCGGUGCCCAGGAAAGACUCGGUGCCCAGGAGAGACUCGGUGCUCCAGAGGGACUCGGUGCCCAGGAGGGACUCGCCACCAUCACUCAGCUCUUUUCGGGUCCUCCCGGGGCUGACCGCGCACCCCACUGAGCCUGUGAGACCUUCACACUCCCUGGAGGACCUGGCGCUGGUGACACCAGCACCUCGCAGUGCCGCUGCUGCCAUGAGGGCACGCGGGGACCCCCCAGGACACGCUCAGCCGCUCGGGAAGAGCCGCUCCGAGUCCCUCUGCGCCUCUGGCAAGGACAGGGACGUGGCCAGGAGGUGGCCGGGGGCCGGUCCCGCGGCUCAGGCACGCAAGGAGUCAGAGGAGACGCCUGAUCCCAUCUACCUCAACAUCCAGGAGCUGCGGGAAGAGGCCGCUGCCAGCUCGGCCCCAGAGGAGCUCAUUGGCUCCGUGUCAGACUGGGAAACCCACACAGACACGGACAGUGGACAUUUGUUUUAUUACAACCCGGUGACGGGCGAGACCACGUGGGAUUGUCCCUUCGGGCAGGCGGCCGACGGAGUGAGUCCCGCCGCCUCUCCCGCCUCCUCGCUCGCACACAGCCCGGAGCUUCCCGAGUGGGAACAGCACGUGGACGAAGGAAGCGGACAGACUUUUUUCUAUAAUUCGGUGACAGGUGAGACGUCGUGGGACCCCCCCAGUGCAGGAGACACAGGCAGCCCCCGGGAGAGGCUCCCUGGGGGGACGUGGUACGGUCCCAUGGAGCAGAGGCCACCCACUCCAGAAACGGAUUAUCCUGACCUGUCUCCAGAUGAGCUGGAGUGUUAUCCUGAGGAAGACUAUUCACCCGUGGGCUCCUAUGAUCAGGGGGCCUCUGUCUGCCUGUCCCCAAGGCGCCCCGAGGAGCUGGGCUCGCCCCCAGGCUGGUGUGGGCACGGCCACCCUGAGGGACUCGUGUUCUACCCCGAGCACUUCGCCCCUGACACGGUGCCAUCGGGCAGCCGCCACGAGCGGGCCAGCAGUGGCUCCAGCCAGGACAGCGGGCUCUCCGCCUGGCACGGCCCCGUGUCACCAGCUCCAGGCAGCAGGGAGGAGAAGUUUAAAAGCCUCGAAAAAGCCGGGGUGCUCAACAGGACCAAGACAGUGGACAGAGGGAAGCGGCUCCGGAAGAACUGGAGCUCCUCCUGGACAGUGCUGGAAGGGGGAAUCCUCACCUUCUUCAAGGACUCCAAGCACUCAACUGCCAGUGCCUUGAGGCACCCCAGCACCCUGACCACCCCCGAGCACACGGUGAAACUGCGCGGGGCCACCCUCACCUGGGCCGGCAGGGACAAGUCCAGCAAGAAGAAUGUCCUGGAGCUGAGGACUCGGGAGGGCUCGGAAUUCCUCAUCCAGCAUGACUCGGAGCAGAUCAUCACCGCCUGGCACCGGGCCAUCGCCGACAGUAUCGGCCGGAGGGGCUCCGACAUCUCCGGAGAGGAGGAGGCCGAAAUUCGGGCUGAAUUCGGCUCCCGGGAGAAGCUGGGGGGCGGCGAGGAGCGGAGGGCAGACCAGGUCUUUGGCUGCUCGCUGCUGGCGCUGUGUGAGCGGGAGCGAGGGACAGUGCCACGCUUCGUCCUGCAGUGCAUCUGGACCGUGGAGAGGAGAGGUCUGGACAUUGAUGGGCUGUACCGAGUCAGUGGCAACCUGGCCACCAUCCAGAAACUGCGCUACAAGGUGGAGCACGACGAGCAGCUGGACCUGGAUGACGGGCGGUGGGAGGACAUCCACGUUGUCACCGGGGCACUGAAGCUCUUCCUACGGGAGCUGCCAGAGCCACUCGUCCCCUUCAGCCACUUUGACAAGUUCAUCGCUGCCAUCAAGAUCCAGGACCCGUCCCUGCGGGGCCACUGCAUCCGGGACCUGGUGCUGUCCCUGCCACCUGCCCACCAUGACACCAUGAAGGUCCUUUUCCGCCACCUCUGCAGGGUGGUGGAGCACAAGGAGGAGAACCGCAUGUCGGUGCAGAGCGUCGCCAUUGUCUUUGGCCCCACGCUGCUGCGGCCGGCCAGCGAGGAGGGCAACAUGGCCAUGCACAUGGUCUUCCAGAACCAGGUGGUGGAGCACAUCCUCAACCACUAUGGAUACAUCUUCCCUGAUGGAUAAACCCUGGGGACACAUGCGGGCACGAGCCUGGCAGUGGGGACUUGAUGGAGCAGUGUCUCCAGGAAGGACCUGGCCACGUGUCACCUUGGUGGUGGCUCCACGGAGGGCAGCGCGGUGACCUCUCUCAAGGGAGGGGCACCUGAGGGGUCCUCCUUGGCCACCCCGACCCACCAGGGCUGGAUGUGGGGGGCCAAGCCCCAAAGGGUGUGUGGGGCUCAGGGGGAUCUCCAUGGUCAGUGGAGCCCUGUGGUGCCCCCGUGGAGCCAGCAUUCCCGGGUGGAGCAGGGAGGGUCUGGCGGGCAGGGCCUGCUGGGCAGUGGCACCGGCGGGCAGGGAGGGGCCGGGCAGUGCCAGGGCUGCAGCCUCUGCCCUCAUCCCAAAUAAAGAGCCCAUGCAGA